AUGUAUGGUAUAGGGGUUUGUUGGGUUUUGUUGGGUGGUUGGGUGAGGAAUUGUUAUGUGGUUGUGAUUUUGUUGGGGUUUGGUUUUGUUGGGUGUUUUGGGUUGAAUUGGGGUGGUGGUGUUGUGUUGUUUUUGGGGUUUGGUGUUUUUUGGGGUGUUUGGGGUGUUUUUUUGGGGGUAGGUUGUUUUGUGUGGGGUGGAGGGGUUAUUUUGUGGUAUUGGUGUUGUGUUUUUGGUGGUUGUGGUUUUGUGUGUUGGUGUGGUUGUGUGGUGUUUGUUAUGGUUUUUGGAUUGGGUUUGGUGGUGUUGGGGUGUGGUGGGUGUUUUUUAGGGUAG